AAACAAAAACAUCAACACUAUCAGCACAGGCUUCACCAAAAAGCACAGCAGCUGGCCUUUGAUUGUCUUAUUCGACGUGCUUUUCACAACACUUGGCCCUCUCAGCAUUGAAUUGUCCGAUCAACAGAGCUCUGACGUGUUCUGUUCUGCUGUGAUCUUAUAGAGCGAGAGGAAACCACGGAAACGACCCACUGGACGAAGGCGUGGAAAGCUAUGGGUUAUCAACAACUGCUUCUUCAGAGGUUUACUGACCCCUCGAAAAACAAGGUGCCAGUGUCAGUGCUUGGUGUUGUUGUUGCGUUGUUUGUGCUGUACAACCUGGUGCUGAACUUGGCAUUUGAGCAUCUGUACACACCUCAGCUGGCGUCGGUGCCUGGAGUGGAGUUCUACGACCUGGGUGAUUUCCAGGGGAGUGCUGAUGGCUGGCAGAGGGAGGAGCGGAUCCUGUUCUGUGUUCCCCUGAGAGAUGCCUCUGCUCACUUGCCCAUGUUCUUCAGCCACAUGAAGAACUUGACGUAUCCACACCAUCUGAUUGAUCUGUCCUUCCUGGUGUCAGACUCGUCAGACGAUACGAUGGACUCGCUGGUGAAGCACCUGAGAGAGAUCCAGAACAGCCCGGAUAAGAGGCUGCACUUCGGUAACAUUGAGAUCUUCGAGAAGGAUUUCGGCCAGGCCAUUGGACAAGGGUUCAGUGACCGUCAUGGAUUCGAGGCCCAGGGCCCGAGACGGAAGCUCAUGGCCAGGGCAAGAAAUUGGCUUUGGACCGUGUCGAUCAAGCCAUACCAUUCCUGGGUCUAUUGGAGAGAUGCAGACGUUGAGACUGUCCCACCAACGAUCUUGGAGGACUUGAUGCACCACGGUAAGGAUGUCAUUGUUCCUAACGUUUGGAGACCUCUGCCUGACUGGUUAGGCAAUCAACAACCCUACGACUUGAACUCAUGGCAGGAAAGUGAAGGAGGCUUGCAGUUGGCGAAGACACUCGGUGAGGAUGCCGUUAUAGUCGAGGGCUACGCAGAGUACGCCACAUGGAGACCUCAUUUGGCGUACCUCAGAGACCCAUACGGUGAUCCAGAGGUGGAGAUGGAUUUGGACGGCAUUGGUGGAGUUUCCAUCCUCGCAAGGGCCAAAGUGUUCAGAACAGGUGCCCAUUUCCCUGCGUUCUCAUUCGAAAAGCACGCUGAGACGGAGGCUUUUGGUAAGAUGUGCAAACGUUAUGGUUAUUCCGUGAUUGGAUUACCACAUUACGUGAUAUGGCACAUCUACGAGCCUUCGUCAGACGAUCUGAAGCACAUGGAAUGGAUGGCUCAAGAGGAGGCGAAGAAGGUUGAAGAGAAUAAGAUCAGAGCAGUCUACGACAAGGUGUGGGCCGAAGGAUUCGAAGACGUGUCCGAGGAAUGGAAGAACGACCGCAUCAACAUCUUCAAGAACACAGAUACUCAUAAGAUUAAGCCAAUCAAAGUGGAUUGGUCAGGUGUUGAUGUUGUUGCGAAGAACCCACUUGUCAACGAAAAGGACAAGGACAAAGUCUUAGCAGCCUUUGAUCCAAACUCAUGAGACAUUCGUUUUCCGUUAUAAAGGGUUUUUACUUACAUUUACUUCUAUAUCACUAUGUUUACAUUAAUGCAUGCCAUGUUUUAUUUUUGUUAUAUGCCAUUCUGGAGCAG